AUGAUGAUGAACCAAGCAGCACCACCUUCACAACAACAAACAAUGUACAUGUCAAAUUCAAAUGUAACAGAGAAUCAAAUGAUGAAUGCGUCAUCGAAUUCAUCACCAUUAAAUAUGACAAUGAAUUCGGCUCAAUCAAAUUUAUUCAAUCAUCAAAUAAGUGCUUAUAAGUAUCUUGUUCGAAAUCAAAAUGUACCCGAUCAACAUUUGAUGGCUAUUAAGCGCAGUCAACAACAACCUACACAGCCACAACAGCAACAAUUUUAUCCACCCAAUGCUGUUAUUUCUAAACAAUCGUCUAGUCCAACAGUCGACGCUCGUUAUACUCCAUCUAUUAAUACAAGUAAACCACCAGUAAAUGGUUUAAAUCCACGUUAUCCAACUCCGCCAACUUACUAUUCACCUGUUCAAGUUAAUGGAAACUCGACAACAAAUAUAAAUUUUCAACCAGGAACUGUUCAAGCGUCAACAAAUAUUAUCAAUCAAACACCAUCGAUAACUGAGAAUGUCUUAACCAAUGUUUCCAGUGUACCGCUUCCUCAAACAAAUACAACAACGACGACAACUGCAACAUCAACAACAGCUCGUAUGAAUAACAAUCUUCGUUUAACACCCGUACUAAAGCCAACUGGUGUUGAUAUACAAGAAGUUCUUGUCGAACGUGAUCUUCGUAUUCAACAUAAUAUUGUUAUACGUAUAGGCGAACUCGACAAACUCUUACCAACUUUAUUGCACGAUGAUCUACGCAUGAGAGCUAUGAUUGAACUCAAAGCGCUGAAAUUAUUAAAUUUCCAAAGACAACUUCGUACUGAAGUAGUUACAUGUAUGCGGUUGGAUUCAAGUCUUGAAACGGGCAAUAAUCCUCGUUUAUAUAAACGCUCGAAACAAUUUGGUAUGCGUGAAGCACGUGCCACGGAAAAAUUAGAAAAACAACAAAAAGCUGAAAUCGAUCGCAAACGUCGUCAAAAACAUCAAGAAUAUCUAACAGCUGUAUUAACAGUAGCACGUGAAUUUAAAGAAUUUCAUAAAGCGGUUCAAUUGAAAACAAAUAAAUUAGCACGUUCAAUAUUAUCAUGGCAUCAAAAUACCGAACGUGAACAAAAGAAAGAACAAGAAAAACGUGAACGUGAACGUAUGCGUCGUUUAAUGAACGAAGACGAAGAUGGUUAUAGAAAGUUAAUCGACGAAAAGAAAGAUAAACGUUUAGCUUAUUUAUUAUCACAAACCGAUGCAUAUAUCAUAAGUUUAGUUAAUCUUGUUAAAGAACAUCAAAACGAUUUGAAGAAGAAAAAAAGUGAAAAAAGACAAUAUUUCAUCGAGAAUAACAAUCCUCAAAUAAAAGACGAGGGCGGUUAUUUACGUGCUCGAGUUAAAAAUACGGUUACAGGUGAAGUUAAAUAUGGAAGUGACGCACCAUUAUCAGCUGAAUUAGAUUCAUGGUUAGAAAAAAAUCCCGAAUGGCUACCGGUGUCAGGUGAUGGAAGUGAUGUCGAAGAAGAAGAUAUCCCACAAUUAGCGGAACCAAUAAGUUCAAUACCUGCGCCAACACCCGAUGAACAAGAAAAAGGCGUCGUAGAAGAUGAAAACAUUGUUAAAGAAGUUUUAACUAAAGCUAAACAAGCAACAGAAGAUGAUGAAUAUCAUACAUCAUCAUUGGAUUCAUAUUAUGCGGUUGCACAUCGUGUUAGAGAACGUGUUGUUAAACAAUCAGGAUUACUGGUUGGUGGUAGUCUUAAACAAUAUCAAAUACAAGGUUUAGAAUGGCUUGUUUCAUUGUAUAACAAUAAUCUUAAUGGUAUUCUUGCCGAUGAAAUGGGUCUCGGAAAGACAAUUCAAACGAUUGCACUCAUAACAUAUUUAAUGGAAGUUAAAAAAGUCAAUGGACCCUAUUUAAUCAUUGUGCCAUUAUCCACAUUAGCUAAUUGGGUUAAUGAAUUCAGUAAAUGGUCACCAGCUGUUUCAAUAAUCAUCUUUAAAGGAAAUCCACAAGUGCGUAAAUCUCUUGGACAAACAUUACGAAGCGGUAAAUUUAAUGUGUUGUUAACCACAUACGAAUACAUUAUCAAAGAUAAAGCACUGCUAGCCAAAAUCAAAUGGCGUUAUAUGAUAAUCGAUGAGGGCCAUCGAAUGAAAAAUCAUCAUUGUAAAUUAACACAAAUACUCAAUACACAUUAUAUCGCUCCACAUCGUUUGUUGUUAACUGGUACACCGUUACAAAAUAAGUUACCUGAACUGUGGGCAUUAUUGAAUUUUCUUUUACCGUCAAUCUUUAAAUCUUGUACAACAUUCGAACAAUGGUUUAAUGCACCAUUUGCAACAACAUGCGAAAAAGUUGAACUCAAUCCGGAAGAAACAUUACUUAUUAUCAGACGUUUACAUAAAGUUCUACGACCAUUUCUUUUACGUCGACUUAAAAAGGAAGUUGAAUCUCAAUUACCAGACAAAAUUGAAUAUGUGAUCAAAUGUGAUAUGUCUGCAUUGCAAAGAGUUAUGUAUAAUCAGAUGCAAUCAAGUGGAAUGCUUCUUACGGAAGAUAAAAAUGGCAAACCCAGUAAUCCAAAAGCCUUGAUGAAUACUAUCAUGCAAUUACGUAAAAUAUGUAACCAUCCAUUUAUGUUUAAUGAAAUCGAAGAAAAAAUCAGCCAGCAUUUUAACUAUACGAAUGGUGUUUGUCUGGGCGCUGAUCUUUAUCGUGCAUCGGGAAAAUUUGAAGUACUGGAUCGAAUAUUACCGAAAUUAAAAGUAUCAAAUCAUCGUGUUUUACUGUUUUGUCAGAUGACUUCUUUGAUGACUAUCAUGGAAGAUUAUUUUGCUUAUAAAAAUUUUACUUAUUUACGUCUUGAUGGUCAAACCAAAUCUGAAGAACGUGGCGAUCUAUUAGCUAAAUUUAGUGAAGCUAAUUCUGAUAUAUUCAUAUUCUUAUUAUCAACACGCGCUGGUGGUUUAGGUUUAAAUUUACAAAAAGCCGAUACAGUCGUUAUAUUCGAUUCUGAUUGGAAUCCGCAUCAAGAUUUACAAGCCCAAGAUCGUGCACAUCGUAUCGGUCAAGUGAACGAAGUUCGUGUUCUACGUUUGAUGACUGUAAACAGUGUUGAAGAAAAAAUCUUAGCUGCAGCUCGUUACAAAUUAAAUGUUGAUGAAAAAGUUAUUCAAGCUGGAAUGUUUAAUAAUAAAUCAACAGGAAAUGAACGGAAACAAUUUCUACAACAAAUUCUUUUACAAGAAACUGAAGAAGACAAUGAAGAAGAAGACGAAGUUCCUGACGAUGAAAUUAUCAAUCAAAUGAUUGCAAGAAGCGAAGAUGAAUACAAUCUAUUUAAUAGAAUGGAUCGAGAACGUAGACAUGCAGAAGCUCGUGUGACCAAUAGAAAAGCACGUCUUUUUGAAAUAUCAGAAUUACCAGCGUGGAUAACUAAAGAUCCAAAAGAAUUAGAAAAUGCUCUUCUCGAUCAAGAAACAUUGGACUUAUUCGGACGUGGCUCCCGACAACGAAAAGAAGUCGAUUAUUCAGAUUCGUUAACUGAAAAAGAAUGGAUUAAGGCCAUCGAAGAUGGAACAUUGAAUUCAACUGAAGAUAAAAAACGUCGACGUCGACGACGUUUUAAUGUUGACUUGGAUGAAGAUGAAGAAGGCCAACUGGAUGAUACCGAUAUGCGACAAGUUGAUAAUGAUUUUGAAAGUAUGGACGCAAAAUCAAGUAAACGUAGUGGUAAACGUAAAUUAAAAGAUACAAGUCGAAAUUUUACGAAUGAACCGAUAUCAUCGAAAUUAUUUAAACAAUUACAAACUUUAUUAGAUUUUGUUGUUAAAUAUCGUGACAAUGAUGAUAAUCGAAUUUUAAGUAAACCGUUUAUGCGGUUACCAACACCCAAAGAAUUACCGGAAUAUUAUGAUAUGAUUAAAAAUCCAGUGGAUUUUAAUAAAAUAAAAAAAAAACUUAAUGACAAUCGUUAUCGAAGCAUAGAUGAACUUGAAGUUGAUGUUAUGCUUUUAUGUAAAAAUGCUCAAGAAUUUAAUAUCGAAAGUUCAAAUAUCUAUGAAGAUUCAAUUAUUCUUCAAUCAGUAUUUACCAAUGCACGUGAACGUCUUGAAAAAGGCGAAAUUCCAAUUAGUUCAAAUUCAGAAGAAGAAUCUGAUGAUGAUGAACCCCUAAAAAAACGAGUUAAAAAAGAUGGUAGUACGAAAAAGAAAUCUCAAAGUCAAGCGCGCACACCUGGUAGUGUUAGUAGUAAUUCAAAUAGUCGACGUAAAACUCGUGUAAUGAGCGAUGAUGAAGAUAUAACCAUGGAUGAAACAAAUCAAUCUUCGUUUGACUGUUUGGAUGAUGACGAUGAUGAUGAAGAAACUCGUGGCUCUGGUUCGCGUCAAAAAUAA